AUGUUGGAAGCACGGCUUGAGCAGGCUAACAUCCUGAAGAAGGUUGUCGACGCCAUUAAGGACCUCGUCCAAGACUGCAAUUUUGACUGCAAUGACUCCGGCAUCGCCCUCCAGGCCAUGGAUAACUCCCAUGUCGCCCUGGUCUCUAUGAUGCUCAAGGCCGAAGGCUUCUCCCCCUACCGAUGCGAUCGAAACAUCGCCCUCGGAGUGAACCUGACCUCCCUGACCAAGGUCUUGCGCGCCGCCCAAAACGAGGAUAUCCUCACCCUCAAGGCAGAGGAUGCCCCGGAUGUUCUGAACUUGGUGUUUGAGAGCAGCGAGAAUGAUAGAAUCAGCGAGUACGACUUGAAGCUUAUGGAUAUUGAUCAAGAGCACUUGGGUAUCCCGCAGACUGAAUACGCUGCUACUAUUGCCAUGCCUGCUGCCGAGUUUCGAAGAAUCUGCACCGAUCUUGCUGCCAUGUCUGAGUCUGUCAGCAUUGAAGCGAAUAAGGAUGGUGUCAAGUUUGCAUGCAACGGUGACAUUGGCAACGGUUCCGUUACUCUCCGAAGCCACACCAACGUCGAGAAGCCAGAAAUGAAUGUCGACAUUGAGCUUACCGAGCCAGUGUCGCUGACCUUUUCGCUCAAGUACCUCGUCAACUUCUGCAAGGCUGCUGCCCUGUCGACCCAGGUCAAGAUUUGCCUGUCGAGCGAAGUCCCUCUUUUGGUGGAGUACAACUUGUCUGGUAGCAGUUAUCUUCGUUUCUACCUGGCGCCCAAGAUUGGUGACGACGAGUAA